AUGGGGGAUCCUAGAAUACCUUGCUAUGAAAAUGAAGCCGGGAAGGAAGGUGCGAUGGCAACAUCCGAACUACCUCGUGAUUUCCUCGAACCUGAUUCCUCCAUGAAUCUUCAAUCCUUAGGAUCUGACUUUCAUAUUCCUGACGAAGCUAAGCGUUUGACUCGCCCAACAAAGAAGCAAAUAACCAGGAAUAUUGAGGAGAUCGCAAGGGAGAUCGAUAUGAAUCUAGAGACAAGUCAAUAUCUUUUAAUCAUUAACCCGAGCGAUACCCUACGUACCUACUUUCUGAACAGUAGGGUCGGCGGGGUACGACUCACUAUCGACGAUCACAACAUCCUACUUAGGAUUAUGCCUGGCAACCAGCACAAAAGUGUGCUUAGCAAAUUUGCUACGCGCUUCCCAGACGCAAUGACGACUGCGGGUUUGCCGGCUCAGAAUCGUCGUUGGAGGCCUACUGGCGGUUCACUAAGACGAGGGGCCUACUGCGGAAAGGAACCAGAUUUCAGUAUGGCCCCAGUUCCGCAUAUCCUCUCUACAUCUGUUAGCAUUUGGCCAUCCCUUGUCAUCGAAGUUGGGAUGUCUCAAUCGCACUCUUCUCUCAAAAGAGAUGCUCAAUGGUGGUUCGAAAACUCUUCCCACAACACUCGAUUGGUUCUGUUAUUCAAUAUCCACAAGGACCCAUUUUGGGUAGAUGUUGAACUGUGGAUGGCGCCUACCGGUACUCGACCAGGCCUACCUACACGCCAGAACGCCAUUCCCGACUCAGACCAUCCCGGAGAGUUCAUUCCGCGUGAAGAACUGGGACCUUUAUCGGUUACACAGGCAGUACGAGUCACAGAUGGUGCGGUCUCACAAGUCAAGGGCCAGGGCCUAGAUAUCAGUCUAGACUACGAGCUGCUUAUGCGGGAGGGCCGACCAACUGGACAAGAAGAUAUCGUCAUUACAGAAGAGAUGCUACAGUGGAUUUGCGAAGAAGUCCCGUCAAGCAGCGGCUGA